CCAGGAAAUUGCAGUAUGUACACAAUGGACCUUCGAGGAAGUUAGUAAGAGCAUAUUAUUUUUUGUUGUUGUUGAAAAUAUAUCUUGAACGACAUUUUAAAUUGAUAUAAAUUUAGCUUGUUCUGUAACCUUUACAUUUCAGCAAACGAAUUUGCGUAAUUUACUGUUUGUUUGUUUUCUCCUAAAUACUGACCACUAGAUAGUUGAGCUAUAUGUAACGGUAGCUAGCUUCCAUCUGCCCAAUUCCUAUCUAUAGCUCACUGUGUUUUAAUAGAGUUACCUAGCUAAUGGUGUUCUCGGUUUGACUAACACGUUAGAAUUGCAAACUAAGUCAGCCAGUCCCAGCAUAUUUAGCUAGCUAACUAGUGUGUUUGAUGGCACUGAUACUGCUUUUGUCCGUUGGAGGAAGAGGAAGAUGACAGAGUAGGUGAAUGACGCGCUGACUGAGCCACCAGACCACAGCGGGAACUGCGACUGACUGACGGACAGCGAGGCAGACAAAGAAGAGGAAGAAUGCCGAGGAGAAAACAGUCGAACCCACAGCCCGUGAAACGUAAGUAAAGUGUAAUAGCCUAGCUAGCUACUAGCCAUGCUAUCGACUGGGCAGUGAAGGAGUUACAUCUUUCAAUGUCAGAGAUAUUUUGCUACGUGUACGUACUACAGGAGUGAUCCCUAGCUCAUGGAUGGUAACUAGAUUAACUGUAACCUUAAUCAAUCAAAUCCAUCUUUGUACUGAUUUGAAGUCUUGGGUUUGGAUAGUUACAUUAUCUUUAUUUAUAUAUAACUUUGAUACAGGAUUAGGUCAUUUAGUAACCGAGUUGAGGUGUACACAGUUGCUAAACCCCCGCCAGCUUACACAACUGAACACACUUUUUAUUUUCUCGAUCUCCUUUGUGUGUCAUGCAUGUGUGCAUGUUAUAUUUUGGGGUUUAGGGGGUGUUUUUCAUCCCCCCUCAACCCCUCAGGAAUUUUGUUUAUCUAACCGGGACGUCCUUCCCUUUUUCCCCCCACUUCCGGGGGGCCCCCUCCGACAGGCCCCACCCCUGCCCGACCUCCCCCCCCCCCCCCCACUCUCUCUCCCGGGCCCUCCCCCCCCCUCUCUCCCGCCCCCCCCCCUUUUUCUCCCCCCCCCUCCCCCCCCUCCCUCACCCCCCCUCCUUCCCCCUCUCCCCCCAAAAACUCUCUCCCUAAACCCCCCUCCCCCCCUCUUCCCCCCCCCUUCCCCCCCUCUCUCCCCCUCUCUCUCCCCCCUCUCUACCCCCCCCUUCCCCCCUCUCCCUCCCCCCCCCCUCCCCCCCUUUUCCCCCCCCUUUUCCCCCCUCAUCUCUCCCGCUUUCCCCCCCUCUCCCCCCCCGCUUUCCACCCCCUCUCCCCCCGUCUCCCCUUCUCUCCCGCUUUCACCCCCCUUUUCCCCCCCCCUUUUUCCCCCCCCCCUCCUCCCCCCCGUUCCCCCCCCCAUCUCUCCCGCCCAUCUUCCCCCUCCCCCUCUUUUUUGUAUUUUUGUAAAAUGUUGUGUGUAUUAUAAAAGAAAGGUUUUUUUAGUGUAAGGGUUUGGGGUGUAUUAAAAGUAGACGGGGUAAAAAGUAAAGAUGUUGUUAUUUUGUAGCGGUUUUAGUUAAUGAUGUUGUUGGAUUUAGUAGACCGUGUGGUGGGAAAGAAAGUUGUGUAUUAUAGUAGCGGGUUGGGAGUGGGAAAGAUGUUUGUUUAUUUUGAAGACGGGGUAGUGUAGAUGAGGGUAUUUAGUAGGGCGGUUGUAGUGUAAUAAAGUUGGGGUUUUAUUAUAGUAGACGGGUUUUUAGUGUAAAGAUGAUGGUAUUAUAGUAGACGGUGUUGGGAAAGAUUUUGUGUAUUAAGAGACUGGGUAGUGGGAAUGAUUUUUUGGUUUUUAUUAUAUUUGACGGUUUUAGUGUAAGAUUUUUUUGUUAAAAAUAGACCGGUUUUAGUGUAAUUUUAUGUGUGUAUUAUUAGCCCGGUUUUUAGUGUAAAAGAAAUUUUUUUUAUUAUAGUAGACGGUGGUUGGGGUUAUUUUAAAGUUGUGUGUAAAUUUUCGCCGGGUUUUAGUGUAAUGGUGUUGUGUGUAAAAGGAAAGGUGUAGGGUAAAUGUUUUGGUGUAAAUUUUAGAGGGCGGGUGUAGUGUAAUUAUUUUUUGUAUUUAGUAAAGGUUUUAGUGUAAUAAUGGUUUUUUUGUAUUAUAUAAAAAUUUUAGGGUAAUGGUUGUGUAUUUUUAGUAGAUGGUUUUUGUGUAAAGAUGUUUGUUUAUUAAGUAGACGGUUUUUGUGUAAUGAUGUUGGGAUUUAGUAGACGGUUUUUGUGUAUUUUUGAAAAUUUGUAUUAUGUCGACGGGGGGGGUAGUGUAAAGAAUUUUUUGUAUUUUUAGUAGACUUGUAAAGGGAAUGAUGUUGUGUGAUUUUAUUUGACCCGGGGUGUUUUAAUGAUUUUUUUUAUUAUUUGUAAAAGUGUAGUUUUUUUUGUUUGUAUUUUAUUUGACGGGUUUUUUUAAGUGUAAGGAGGGGGUGUGUAUUAUAGUAGAAAGGUGGUUAAGGAAAAAUUUUGUUAUUUAUAGUAACGGGUAAUGUAAUGAUGUGUGUAUUAUAGUAGACGGUGUAUGUUUAAAGAUGUUGGUUUAAGUGACCCGGGGUUGUGUAAUGAUGAUGGGGUGGAUUAUGUAGGGCGGGGUUUUUGUGAAUGAGGUUGUGUGUGGAUAUAGACGGUUUUUGGGGUGUAAAGGAGUGUGUGGGAUUAUAGUAGACGGUGCAUGUAAUGAUUUUGUGUAUUAAGACCCGGGGUAGUGGUAAAGGGGUGGGUAUUAUGAGACGGUUUUUUGUAUGAAAGGGGUUUUAUUGGGAGUAGCGGUUUGGGGUAAUGAUGUGUGUUUAUAGUAAAAACGGUUUUAGGGUUAAGUGUUGUGUGUUUUAUAUAGACAGGUAAAUGUAAUUAUGUUUUGGGGUUAUUUUAGUAGACAGGAUGUUAAGGGUUUUUUGGGGUAUUAUAGUAACGGUGUAGUGUAAUGAUGUUUUUGUUUAAGUAAGGGGGGCCCGGGUGUAGUGUAAAAGAGGGGGGGGGUAGCAGUAAAAAAGGUGUAGUUUUAAUGAUGGUUUGUGUGUAUUAAGUAGACGGGGUAGUGUAAUAAAAGUUUUGUAUUUAGUAGACGGUUUUAGUUUAGUGGUUUUUGUAUUGCCCCGUAGAAGGUUUUUAGUGUAAAGUUUUUUGUUUGUAUUAUAGUUUGAAAAGGUUUUUAUGUAAAUGAUGUGUUUAUUAUGUAGACGGGUUUUUUAAAUGUAAUGAUUGUGUAUUAUAGUAGACCCCUUUGGGAGUGUAAGGUUUUGUGAUUAUAGUAGACGAUGUGUGUAAGAUGUUUUGUUAUUAUAGGGCGGGUUUAGUGUAAUGAGGUUGGGUAUUAUAUUUGAACCCGGGGGGUUUGUGGUAAUGAUGGGUGUAUUAUAGUAGACUGGUUUUUGUGGAAGGAGUUGUGUUUUAUAAAAAUAAAAAUUUUUUAAAAUUAAAAAAAGACGGUGUGUUUUAAUGAUGGUUUUGUGUAUAAUAGUAGACGGUUUUAUUUUAAAAGAUGGGUUUUGGGUAUUAUAGUACGGUUUUAGUGUUUAAAAUGAUGUGUAAAUUAAUUUGUAGGCGGGGUAGUGAAUGAUGUUUUGGAUUAUAUUGAACCUUUGUAGUGUAAUGAGGGUUUGUUAUUUUAAAUAAGGCUUGUUUUGUAAUGAAUUUUUGGGGUAUUAAGUAGAAGGUUUUUGUUUAAUGAUGUUUUUGUGGAAAUUUUAGGAGACGGGUUAGGUAAUUUUUGUUGUGUUUUAUUUUAGGAGACUUUUUUUUUGUGGGUAGGGAAUUUUUUGUGUAUUUUAUUAGACCGGUUUUAAGGGGAAUGAGGUUUUGGUUUUUUAUUUUAAAAGGAGGGGGUUUUUUGUAUUUUGUAAUGAGUUGUGUUAUUAAAUUUGCCCCGGGGUUUUUUUAUUUUAAAGAUUUUUUGUAUUAUAGUAGACGGUUGGUUUUAAUGAUGUUUUUUUUGUUUUAUAGGAGACAGUGGGAGUGUAAUGAUGUUGUGGGAUUAAAAAGAGGCUGUGUUGUGUAAUUAUGUUGGGGGGUUAUAAGUAGACGAUUUUUAGUUUUUAAUAAUGUUUGUUGUAUAAAGUGAAAGGGGAAAGGGGGUAAAGAUGUUGUGUAUUUUUUAGUAGACUUAGUUUUAAUGAUGUUUGUGUUUUUGAAUUUUUGUAGGGGGGCCUUGUUUUUUUUUAAAUUAUGGGUUUUGUGUAAAUUUAGUAACAGUUUUAUUAAUGAUUUUGGGGGAAAUUUUAGGGAGACCCCCGGUUUUUAGUUGUUUUUUUGGGGUUAAAAAGGGGUUUUGUAUUUUAGUAGGUGGUGUUAGGUAAUGAUGUUGUGUAUUAUAGUAAAGGGCGGUAGUGUAAUGUUUUGGGUAUUAUUGGUUUUGGAAAGGUUUUUAUUUAAUGAUGUUUUGUGUAUUAUGUGAGGGGUUUUUUAGGUAAUGAUGUGUGUAAAAUUUUUGGAAAAGGUGUUAGUGUAAGAUGUUUGUGUGUAUUAUUUUUGACGGUGUUUGUGGUAAAGAUGUUGUGAUUUAGUAGACGGGUUUUUAGUGUUGAUUUUUGGUUUUAUAGUAGAAGAUUUUAGUUAAUGAUGUUUGGGGAUUAAGGGGCCCGGGGUAAAGGGAAUGAGUUGUGUUUUUUUAUAGAAAACGGUUUUUUUGGUAAUGAUGGUUUUGUUUUAUUAUAGUAACGGGUAGUGUAAUUUGGUGUAGUUAGUAGACGGUUGUUUUUGUGUAAUUAAAGUUGGGGGGAAAUUUUAGUAAAACGGGGGUUUUUUUUUGUGUAAUUAUGUUGUGUAUUUAGUUUACGGUUUUUAGGUAAUGAAGUUUUGUUUUGUUUUAAGUAGACGGUUGUAAGUAAUGAUGUUUGGGGAUUAUGAACGGUUUUAGGGUAAAAGAUGUUUGGGUGUAAUUUUAGUAAUUGUUUUUUAGUUUUAAAGAGUUGUGUAUUUUUAGUAACGGUUUUUAGGGAAAAGAUGUUUUGUAUUAUAGUUUUACGGGUUUUAUGUAAAGAUGUUGUUUUGUUUAUAGUAAAAAGGGUUUAUGUAAGGUGUUGGGGUAUAUUUGUAGGGGCGGGUGUUUAAAGUAAAGAUGUUGGGGUUUUAUUUUUAUAACGGUGUGUGGUAUGAAAGUUUUUGUUUAUAGUAGACUUUUUGUGUGUAAUAUGUUGUUAUUUUAAAUAGGGUUUUUAGGUAAAAUUUUUGUGUUUUAUUAAUUUGACGGUUAGUGUUUAAGGGUGUUUUUGUAUUCGUAGACGGUUUUUUUGUUUAAAAAUGUUGUUGUGAAAUUUUAGUAGACGGUGGUAUUUUAAUUAAGGGUUUUUGUUAUUAUAGUAGGGCGUUUUAGUGUAAUGAUGAGUGUGAUUUUUAGACCCGGGGGGGUAGUGUAAAUUUGUUUGGGUUUUUAUUAUAUUGCCCGGUUUUUUGUGUUUGAUGGUUUUGUUUAUAGUAACGGGGUUUUUUAAGUGUAAUGUGUUGUGUAUUAUGUAGACCCGGGGAAUUAUGUUUGGGGUAUUUUAGUAGCCCCCGUGUGUUUUGAUGUUUUUUAUUAUAUUUGACGGUGUGUGUAAUGAUGUUUUGUGUAAAGUAAAACUGGGGGUAGUGUAAUUUGGUUGUGUAUUAUGUAGACGUUUUUUUGUGUGAUGUUGGGGUUUUUAUAGUAGAUGUUUUUGUGUAAUGAUGUUGUGGGGAUUUAAAUUAAGACCCCCUUUUUUAGGGUAAUGAUGUUGGGUGUUUAAGUAGGGCCGGGGGGUGUUUAAAGAUGUUUUUGUAUUAAGUAGACGGUUGGUUUUUUUUAAUGAUUUUUGGGGUUUAUGUGACGGUGUAUUUUAAUGAUUUUGUGUGUAUUAUGUAACAGUGGGAAAAUUUUUUAAAGAAUUUUUGUGUAUUUGUCCGGGCUUGUUUGUAUGAAUGUUUUUUGUAAAUUUAGUAACGGUGUAGUUUUUUAAUGAUGUUGUGUUUUAUUAGUAAAGGGUGUAGUGUAAUAUUUUUGGGGUUUCCCAUAGUAGACGGUUUGUUUUAAUGUAAUUUUUGUGUGGGAUUAUAGAGACGGUUUUUAGUGGGAAAAUGUUGUGAUUAUGUGACCCGGGGUAGGUAAUGGGUAUGUUUGAAUUUUUAUUUGAAUUUAUUUAAAAAUUUUUUUUAAAUUUUUGAGUAACGGUUUUAGUGUAAAAGAAUUUGUUUUUUAUUUGAGACCCCGGGGUGUGUAAUGAUGUUGGUAUUUAGUAGAUGUGUAGGGUAAAGAUGUUGUGGUUUUUAUUUUGUAACGGGGUUUUUAGUGUUUAAAGAUUUGUUUUGUUAUAGUAGACGGUGUAGUGUAAUGAUGUUUGUUGUAUUAUAUGAAAGGGUAGGGGUUUAUGAUGUGGGUAUUAUGUAGACGGGUUUUAGGGGAAUUUUGGUUUUUGUUUUAUUUUAUUCCCGUUUAGUUAAUAUGAGUUUGUAUUUAGUAACUUGUAAUGAUGUUGUGUAAUAGUAACUUUAAUGUAAUUUUUUGUGUGUAUUCAAAUGACGGGGUAGGUAAUGAUGUUGGGGAUUAUAAAGGGGAGGCGGGUUUGUUUAAUGAUGGUUUUGUGUAUUUUUAAGACGGUUUUAGUUUAAUGAUGUUUGGGGGAUUAUAGUAGACAGUGUAGUGUCAAAGAGUUGUGUGUAUUUUUAGUAGACGGUGUAUUUUUAAAGAUUGGUGUAUUUAGUAAAGGGGUAAAUUUUAAAAGAUUUUUUGGGUUAUAGUAGACGGUGUAGUUUUUAAUUUAUGUUGUGUUUUUAUAGUAGACUGGUAGUGUAAGAUUUUUGUGAUUAAGUAACCUUUUUUUGUUUAGUGUAAAGAUGGGGUUUUUUGUAUUAUAGUAGACGGGUUUUUUAGUUUAAUAUGUUUUUGUGUUAAGUGACGGGUUAGGUAAAGAUGGGUUUUUGUAUUAAGGGAGACUUUUUAGUGUAAUGGUUUUUUGGUUUUUUAAUUAAAAAGGGUUUUAAACGGUUUUUUAGUUUUUUUAAUGAAAGUUUGGGGGUAUAUUGAGAAAGGUGUAUUUUUUAUUUAAGGUGGGGUUAAAUUUUGUAGACUUUUUUUAGGUUUUAAAAAUGUAUUUGGUAUUAUAGUAGACGGUUUUUAGUGUAAUGAUGUUGUUUUUUAUUUGUAAAACGGGGUUUUUAGUGUAAUAAUGUUGUGUGUAUUAUAGUAGACUUUUUUAGGGAAAGAUGUUGUGUUUAUAUAGAGGGUUUUUUAGUGUAAUAGGUUUUGUAUUUUUAGGGGACGGGUAUGUUUUAAAAAGGGUUUUGGGGAUUUAAAUUUAAAGGUUUUUUUAGGGUUUAAAGAUGGGUUUUUAUUAUAUUUGCGGUGUAGGUAAAAAAUGUUGUGUGGAUUAAGUAACGGGUAAAUGGGAAUUUAUGUUUUUUUAUAGUAGACGGGUUUUUAUUUUAAAAUGUUGUUUUUGUAUUAAGUUUGACGGGUGUAUUUUUAUGUUGGGUUUUGUAUUUUAGUUUGCCGGUUUUAGUGUAAUAUUUGUUUAUUAUAUUAGAAGGUGUAGUGUUUAAAAAUGUUGUGUGUAAAUUUGUAGACGGGGUUUUUAAAGUUUAAUGAUGUUUGUGUAUUUAGUAGAAAGGUUUGUAUGUAAAGUGUUGUGUAUUAGAACGGGGUAGGGGAAAGAUGUUUUGGGAUUUAUAGUGGCCGGGGUUUUAUGUAAUGGGGUUGUGGGAUUAAGUAGACGUGUAGUGUAAUUUAUGUUUGUUUUUUUUUUGAUAUUUUUGACCCGGGGUUUUGUGUAAAGAUGUUGUGUUUUUUGGAGACCCGGUUUUUAAAAAUAAUGAAAGUUUUGGGAUUAUGUAGACGGUUUUUUUAGGGGUAAUGUGUUUGUUUUUAUAGUAACGGUUUUAAGGGGGAAAGAUUUGGGGUGUAUUAUAGGGAGACCCGGGGUAGUGUAAUGAUGUUUGUGUUUUUUAUUUUAGUAAGGGCGGUUUAUUUGUUUUAAUGGAAUUUUUGUGUGUAUUAUUUUUUGACCGGGGUUGGUUUUGUAUUAUGGGGGUUGUGUCUUUUGUAUUCUGUAAAUUGGGAAUGUGUUGUUUUAUAGUAGACGGGGGGUAGGGGGUAAUAAAUUUUUUGUGUAUUAUAGUAGACGGGGUAGGUAAUGAUGUUGUGUAUUAUUUGGAGACGGUUUUUGGGGGUAAAAAAUGUUGGGGGUGUAUUAUGUAGAAAGGUGUGUUUUAAUGAUGUGUGUAAAUUUUAGUUUGACGGGGUUUUUAGUGUAAUAUGAAAGUGUGGAUUAAUUUUUGUAGGCUUUUGUGUUUAAAAUGGUUUUGAUUAUAGAGAAGGGUUUUAUUUUAAUGUGUUGUUUAUUUUUGACGGAUUGGGGGUGAUGUUGUGUAUUUUAUAGACGGUUUUUUAGGGUAAUGGGGUGUUUUUUAUGUUUGACAGUGUAGUGUAAAGAAUGUUUUUGGGUAUUUUUUAAAGGGUGUAUUUUUUCAUUAAAAUUUGUGUAUUUCUGUAGGGCCGGUUUUGUGGUAAUGAUGUUUUGGAUUAUUUAGACGGUUUUAGUGAAAGAUGGUUUUUAUUAUAGUUUUAAAGGUUUAGUGUAAUGAUUUUUUUGGUAUUUAAAUAGCCGGGUUUUUAGUGUAAUGAAUUUUUGUAUUUAUAUUUGACGGUUGUAUUGUUUAUUAAAGUUUGUAUUUUUAGUUAAAAACGGUUUUUAAAUGUAAUGUUUUGUGUAUUAUAGUAAACGGGGUGUGUAAAAGAUGUUGGUAUUUUUGUAACAGGUAGUGUAAUGAGUUUGUGUAAAUUUUAGUAGCGGGGUUUUGUGUAAUGAUGUUGUGUAUUAUAGUAGACGGUGUAGUGUAAUGAUGUUGUGUAUUAUAGUAGACGGUGUAGUGUAAUGAUGUUGUGUGUAUUAUAGUAGACGGUGUAGUGUAAUGAUGUUGUAAUAGGUUUGUGUAGUUAAUGACGGUGUGUGUAAUGAUGUUGUUGUAUUAUAGUAGACGGUGUAGUGUAAUGAUGUUGUGUAUUAUAGUAGACGGCAGUGGCGGCUCCUGAAAAAAUUCUCAGGGGGGGGCAAUUUUUCUGAUGAUUUAGGUGACCUACACACAUUUUAAAAAAGAUAUGUCCAGCAACAACAUGAAGACAGGGGCAGCAUAUAAGUCAAUACCAGAAGCAUUUAUUGACUGAUCUCAAAAGUGUUGGCUUACCAGGGUUGGGUGGAGCCCUCAGUUUCAUCUUUGCCUCGCAAAGCUAACUCAAACACUCCGCAAAACUUCACACACUGGAUUAGCCGGCUGAGGAUGUGGCGGUUCUUGCUAAUGUCGUAGUAAAUAUAUUUGUUAUAGUGAAUAUGGAAUAUGAUAUGUUGAGUAAAAUGUUGUGCUAAGAUCUAUUUAGGUCAGGAGCUGGUUAUAAGUUAUGUUCCUAUCCAAUAACAAUGGACAAAAGGGUCCUAUCUUGUCAGCCUUGUCAGUUUCAGUUCUCCAGUAAACUUGUGAUUAUCAACACUAACCUCAUCGUUGUGGCGGCGGACAGCUAGCCUGUAUCCCUCAUCCAGUUGAGUGGGAAUGUUCACUCUCCCCAAAGCAGACAAUCUCAAACAGCUAUCCAUGUGGGUCUUUGACAGCUCAUGUUUCUUAAUCUUUCCUGAAAGAUGGUGCAUGUCCGUUACACACCAGUCGCUGUCCAAGCGGUGCUGUCUGCCGUGCCGCCUUCAGGGUGAAAGAGUAAGCAGGGGGUAGCAGAAGACUGCAUUAGCUACAUCGCAGCCUGCUAGCCAGGUUUUUCGUUCGUACCAAUUUUUGGAAAAUCCUCGGGUGUAGGACUUCCCCCCUUUAGUAGAAACCUGUUGAAUUAUUAAAUUUGGUCUGGGAGGUCCUAAUUGUUUCGUUGCCAAUUUAUCUUCAUUUGUUCGCCGACAAAAAGGAACUUCUUUCAAAGACACAAUCGAGUUGGACUGAAGCCUAGCCAUUUUGAUAGUAGUAGUGAAUUGAUUGAGGCUGCUACCCGCUCUUUUCUUAGUUACGUUCAUGGUUAUGUUACGUAUGACGAAAGCGCGUAAGUGCAAGCCCUCAGAAACCCAUAGAGAUUGUAUUGAAAGCUCUGAUAUUUGAAAAAAAUAGAUUUUACAUGGGAGUCUAUGACAGACUUCUGGGCGAUUUUCAACCUGACUGAAAUCGCCCCAAAAGGGGGGGGGGGGCAUUUGAAGCACGACUUUAGCCUGAUUGGACAUUUAGUGGCACUGUGGCAGAUCAGACGUCUAGAUUACAACACUGAUAACUACUGUUGCCGUGAUAUAAUUGAUUAGAAAAAAAAUCCCUUCCUUUUCCCGUUUGGCAGUGCGUCGCCCAUAUCGCCCUAUUGAACACACCGCCCCUGGUAGACGGUGUAGUGUAAUGAUGUUGUGUGUAUUAUAGUAGACGGUGUAGUGUAAUGAUGUUGUGUAUUAUAGUAGACGGUGUAGUGUAAUGAUGUUGUGUGUAUUAUAGUAGACGGUGUGGAGAGUGAUCCAGGAUGCCUGGUUCUGGACAGUGACUUCCUGCUUAGUGGAGAGCUCUGUGAGUUUGGAGACACAGAGAUCAUGGGACUGGACAGAGACACAGGUCAGAUACACACCCACACGCACGGAUUUCCGAGUCCUUGACUAAAUGCUGUUGUAUCCCCCCUCUCUAACCCCCCCCCCCCCCUCGCUCUCCCUCUACAAGGUAUGACGGAGUUCUCUCUGAGUGAUGACAGCUCCAGCAGCCUUCCAGCUCCGGAUGACUCCACCUUCCCAGCCUUCCUCUCCUGUAAGGGGUGUGGUCAACUGAUUGGGGCCGACCUUGACCUAGGAGCGGGACUACACUUGGGGGCGGGACUCUACUGCACGACCUGUGAGGAGGGGGUCCAAUCAGAAUCGCACACAGCCUUGGCGGACACCUCACAAGGGGAGGAGUCAACCCCAGCCGUCCAAUCCCACGGGAGGAAAGACAGGAAGAGGAGUAAGGCGGGUGAUGAAGAAGCCUGUAUGAAGCUGAACGCGUGCUCUCUGUGUAGUUUCUCCUCUCGCUACUCCAACCAUCUAAAACGCCACAUGAGGACCCAUGAUGGAGAGAAGCCCUACCACUGUCCCCACUGCCCCUACGCCUCUACACAGAGGGUCAACAUGCAGAGACACACACGCACACACACCGGGGAGAAGCCCUACCUCUGCAACGCUUGCAGCUACGCCUGUAGUUCCCUGGGGAACCUGCGGAGGCACCAGCGCUCACACAGCCAGGAGCCCCGGCCGCAACGCACACACACGCUGACGAGACGCAGCAGACGGAAACACACACACCGGGAUAACGGUGAAGGUAAGGGUACACAGUCAGUACAAACACACACCGGUCCGGUAUGGCUCAUUUGGUAGAGCAUACGUUAAAUGUAUGCACGCAUGACUGGAAGUCGUUUUUUUGAGCAAAAGUAUGUGGACACCUGCUCGUCAAACAUCUCAUUCCAAAAUCAUGGGCAUUAAAUAUGGAGUUGGUCCCCCCCCCUUUGCUGCUAUAACAGCCUCCACUCUUCUGGGAAGGCUUUCCACUAGAUGUUGGAACAUUGCUGCAGGGACUUGCUUCCAUUCAGCGACAAGAGCAUUAGUGAGGUCGGGCACUGAUGUUGAGGGGAUUAGGCCUGGCUCGCAGUCGGUAUUCCAAUUCAUCCCAAAGGUUUUCGAUGGGGUUGACGUCAGGGCUCUGUGCAGGCCAGUCAAUUUCUUCCAUACCGAUCUCGACAAACCAUUUCUGUAUGGAGCUCGCUUUGUGCACGGGGGCAUUGUCAUGCUGAAACAGGGAAGGGCCUUCCCCAAACCUUUGCCACAAAGUCCGAAGCACAAAAUUGUCUAGAAUGUCAUUGUAUUCUGUAGCGUAAAAAUUUCCCUUCACUGGAACUUUGCUUAUUUGAGCUGUUCUUGCCAUAAUAUGGACUUGGUCUUUUACCAAAUAGGGCUAUCUUCUGUAUACCAACCCUACCUUGUCACAACACAACUGAUUGGCUCAAACACAUUAAGAAGGAAAGAAAUUCCACAAAUUAACUUUUAACAAGGCACACCUGAAGCUGGUUGAGAGAAUGCCAAGAGUGUGCAAAGCUGUCAUGAAGGCAAAGGGUGGCUACUUUGAAGAAUCUAAAAAAUUAAAUAUAUUUUGAUUUGUUUAACAAUUUUUUGGUUACUACAUGAAUCCAUAUGUGUUAUUUCAUAGUUUUGAUGUCUUCAAUAUUAUUCUACAAUGUAGAAAAUAGUACAAAUAAAAGCAAAAACCCUGGAAUGAGUACUUUUGACUGGUACUGUACACACACACCUGCUCAACACAUUUACCCAAACAGCGUUGAAGGUACUCACUCAUACUCUGAGUGAUAUGUUAGAGAAUAGAGGAUGGUUUUAGUGAGAACAUUAUGUCGAGUGGCGCAGUGGUCUAAGGCACUGCAUCGCAGUGCUAGCUGUGCCACUAGAGAUCCUGGUUCGAAUCCAGGCUCUGUCGUAGCCGGCCGCGACCGGGAGACCCAUGGGGCAGCGCACAAUUGGCCCAGCGUCGUCCAGGGUAGGGGAGGGAAUGGCCGGCAGGGAUGUAGCUCAGUUGGUAGAGCAUGGCGUUUGCAAUGCCAGGGUUGUGGGUUCGAUUCCCAGGGGGGGCCAGUAUGAAAAAAAUAAAAAAUAAAAUAAUGUAUGCACUCACUAACUGUAAGUCGCUCUGGAUAAGAGCGUCUGCUAAAUGACUAAAAUGUAAUGUAAAAUGUCUGUAGUACACAGCUCCGAGUGAAAGGAGAAGUGUUGGUUAACUUCCUGAAACUGUUAUAAAAGAGGAAGAACCUGUUUGGUUGGCUGGUUACGGAACUAACGGUCAUUGGGUUGUGUAUAGGGGUGUAAAGUUUCCACUCUGAUGCUGCAUUUGUAGCCAUGUGGGAGGUGGGAAUUUACCAGUUGUGAAGUCAUAAAUACCAGUUGGAUGCAUUCAUGUGAUUUGAACUCGUUGAGAAAUGCAGAUUGACUAAUGGCCAACAAGCUGUGUCAACCAUGAACUAAAAGUACAGCCAUCAUGCUUGUAAACAAAUUAUAGUGUUCAAAAACCAUAUUAAUAUAUUGCUUUUUAUAAAUAAUGCUUUGUUACAUUUAACUGCCUAAAUAAAUAAUAAAUAAAUAAAAAUGUUGUUAUAGAGGCCAUUUCCUUAGUAGAUGACCAAGGUCCCAGCUCAGCUGGUAGAGCACGGCGCUUGUAACGCCAAGGUAGUGGGUUCGAUCCCCGGGACCACCCAUACACAAACAUGUAUGCACGCAUGACUGUAAGUCGCUUUGGAUAAAAGCGUCUGCUAAAUGGCAUAUUAUAUUAUUAUUAUUAUAUUACUGAACAGUCCGUCACACCCCUAGUUGUGUGUUAAUGUGUGUGUAAUGUUCUCUCCUCCAGAUGCCGUGGUGUCAGACCUGACCGUGUGUGUGAGGGAGGAUUCUGAUUUCCUCCAGACCCCACUCCUCCCCCGUCUCCCCCCCUCCGCCCCCCUCCCUGACCUCCUCUUCCCCCUCUGCUGUCGAUCCUGCGGCCUCACCCUGGAGGGAGAAGGGGGAGAGACAGAGGGGGAGGGCGGAGGGCUGGUGUGUAAUCAAUGUUCUGAGUCACUCAUCUCCAAGAAACCAGGCUCCCCCAGCCCCAGCCCCACUGACACACCCAGUAACACACUCCAGCCAGGAGCCAGUAAACUGUACCGCUGCCCUCUCUGCCCCUUCCUCUCCCUCUACCCCAACCACCUGGCUCGACACGCCCACACCCACAGCGGGGAGAAACCCCACCGCUGCCCGCAGUGCUCCUACGCCUCGGCCCACCUGGACAACCUUAAACGCCACCUCCGGGUCCACACAGGGGAGAAGCCCUACCGCUGUGCCCAGUGCGCGUACGCCUGCGGGAACCUGGCCAACCUGAGGCGCCACGAGAGGAUUCACUCUGGAGCCAAGCCGUUCCACUGCUCUGUGUGCGGCUACAGCUGUAACCAGAGCAUGAACCUGAAGAGACACAUGCUGAGACACACGGGGGAGAAGCCUUACGGCUGUGCUGAGUGUGAUUACACCACGGGACACUGGGACAACUACAAACGCCACCAGAGGAAACACGGACACAACGCCGACAGCUGGGAUAAACACACACACCAGGACACUACUGCAGCAGACUGCGAGGACUGGAACACACAGGAGAAAACUGACACACCACCACAUUCCACAGACCAACACUGGGUUCAAGAGACAGGGAGCCAUAGCCAGAGAGAGGGAGAGAUGUAG